AAGUCUUCGAUGCUUGUCAUGCCACGGUAAAUGUAAGACGCAAGUUAUUAUGCUUAGGCUUUACUAGAGAAAAUGAUAUGAACAGGUUAUCAUGAUGACCUUUCUACAACUUCAAGAGUGGUGCCACUGUUAGCGUCUAUUGGUCAGCCCCGAGAAGAUGAACCGAAAACCUCUUCCUCUUUCGUUGCUCCUCAACAGUCGACGUUGACUUCGUUCUCAUAGUUCGUGUCAGAAAGUCGCUCAACAAGGCGAGUGCAUCAUCUGUCACGACCGAGGCAAAGUUGUAAGAGUGUUAGCAUUUUCUUCAAGGAGAGAAGGAUCGCAGAAAGAGGUGAAAGAUCGCAGUCGAGGUAGUGGCGGGUUGAAGAUAAGACGCUAAACCACGUUGUAAGAUGCUCGACCAUGAUGUUUUCACCCCUGUCUCCUUAGGGAAUUCUCAUAUUUUUUCGGACAUGAGAAGAUUGUAUUGAGUAUUCCCCAACACCAACAACUGAAGUCUUCCUGUCCUUACAACUGAGUGACAGUAAAGAUGCGCGCUUGCCGGCUGCUGCUUUUGUGUUUGCCGGCCUGCGGGGUUUGGGGCUUGUCAGAACCGGAGAAACAGCCUCCUCUCGCUGCCGAGGUGGACACGGCUGGGCGGGAGGAUACCGAAGAGAGCCAAGUCGAUAUCAAUCUAAUGCUUCUUGAUACCCCUACUUUCCUGGCAUCGGAAUCAGUGCCGUAUGAAAAGGAUGAGGCAGAGUCGCAAUUGCCGGGAACAAAGGUAGUAUUUCGAUUUACAAAAGCAAAUAUUAUUAGGGGAUUUCGUGUUGUAGUCUGUUCCGAAUUCUUUCUAGCUUGAUAUUGAUUUAGAGACAAGCAAAAAACCUUUCAUUGUUGCUUUCUUUGUUAUACUAAAUCAUACCGGAUAUUAUUUUUUUAGCUCUAUCUGAUGUUGACAUAAUUAAACAAGCUUCAAUACUAUUUACUUACAGCAGAAGUAAAAAGAACACCAUGCUUAAUAUUUUUCAUCCCCGCCAACAACUCUUAGGUUCCUGGUGUCAGUGCCCCCUCAACUUUUGUGGAGAGUACGCUACAUGCAGCGUCCUCAGCGUCUGUGGGCAACGGAGACACGACCGGAACAAAUGGCAUUCCUGUUCCUUGGACCACUAGUAGCGCUAGUGGUCAGCCUCAUAGUAGUGCUGCUGGUCAGUCUCAGCAAAAUGGGAAUUCGCGAGUAGAGGAAAGUACAGCUAGAGCAGCCUCUCCGGCAUACAGUGCGUUGCAGAUGUCGAGGUCCUUGUUUUGCGCUCCACAUGGAAACGCCUGUCGUGGCACCGCAGAACUGGGUACAACAGUACCACAUGAGGAAGAGGCGAAGCUAGUAGAUGCAGAGGUGGAGCCAGCACCAGCAGCAGACCGCGACUUGGCUGCUUCGCCACCCGCGAUGGCAGGGAAUGCUAGUCCAGAAGCGCCUGUAGGUGCACCUUUGCCGACUGCGGCGGAGACCGGACAUACUGCUGCAGUCUCACCGUCACCGUCUACACCUCAUCUUCCAGGUAAACAAGAGACGAAGUUGGACUUGGAGGCGAUAUUCCUUGUUUAUAUAUAAAGAACUUUUGCGUGAAUGCGCUGUGCGCGAGGACGAUCCUCUGUAAUCACUUUGUCUUAGAUCAGGAUAGAAAAUCGUUUUUAUUUUCAAAGAAUCGUCAUCUUCAUUCUCAAAUCAUCUUUAACCUUAUCACCAAAUCCAGAAUUCGACUUGUCGGAACGAGAGAAAAGGGCACAAGAGGCCGAGGCUAAUGCGACUAAGCGCAGUAAAAAGCUGAAAGAGCUGAAACGAGAGUUCAACAAGAGUGACUACUUGGAGAAUAAAUUUGAGAUCACAAACCACGAGGAUCUCAAGUCCAAGAUCCAGGUAAGUUUCCGGCAGUUGGAGAGAGCAAAACAAAAGCGAAAGGACCUUUUUGCGAGGAUCGACCAGGAGACUCAUUAUGAUUUUCAAUUGAAUUUCGAGUAUGAAUUUACCAUGGGAUAGAUCAACAGUAGACUUUCGGGCAUCAGAGUUCUUACUUGCUUCAUUUAUUACUCGCACUGCCUGGUCUCUUAGCUUCAAAGCUUAUUUACUGAAGUAGAUAUUGCGCAACAGCCUGGCGCUCCUCAUGAUCAUGUUGCUUAUGCCUUCACUUGUUGUAGGUAUUCAUAACUAAUUACGUUCUCUUUCUCAAAAAGCCCAACGUUAGUCGAUGUGCUAGAGAAUACUCGGUCGUGCUGAAGGGUCGCAUACUGAUCAAAAGGGGGUAGAUGAGCAUGGGUUGUGAUCCAUUGCGAACGUUGAUUCUUACUUCCCUUGGAAUCCGAUUCCGAAUGCUUCUGCUCAAGCUGUAAAUGAUCAAAAAGAUUCGGUGACAGAUCAGGAAUGAUUAAGAUUAAUAUCAAUCAACACCGAGGGCCUGCCUUCUAAUCAUUACCCGGAGCGUCCGAUAAGCUCCUGGAGGAAUUGCAGUCCCACAUGGAAGAAGAAAAGGAGGAGCAAAAGCAGGCCUUUGCAAAGGCUAAAGUGUUGGCUGACGCUGCGGCUGAAAAGUGGAUUGCCGAUGCACGACAGAAGUUGGCGGAUCUUUUUUACGAUUCUUGAUACUUUUCAUUCUUCGUGUUCAUUUCCAAUUCCACCUUUUCCGGAGUGUAGUAGUGCUUUGGCUUGCUUCCCCUAGGAGUCUGGAAACUGACUGCGAGAGUGCUCUAUUUAAAUACCAUCAAGAAUUCCCGAAAGCUUCCCUCUUUAAAUUUUAAAUGCGAACACGGACGCCUGUAGUGUGAAUGCUAAAGGACCCCCCUCCCGUUUCAUGUGAACACUAGCGGACCCCUAAGGCGGACGCUAAGGGGCCCAUAAGUCCCUCCCCUUUUAUGUGAACACUGAAAGACCGCCAAGACCGCGCUAGUGUGAACAUUAGAAAACCUGCAAGGCGCCACCAGUUGGAAAAACCGCACAACAAGGACAAGGAACAAGACACCACGAAGAAGACGCCACGAACAAGACACCCGCCCCGAACAAGAUGCCGCGAAUGAGACCCGAUGAACAAGACGCCACGAACAAGACCACGAACAAGACACCACGGACAAGACACCACGAGCGAGACACCACGAACGAGACACCACGACGAACGAGACACCACGAACAAGGCACCACGAACAAAACACCACGGGCAAAAGACCAGGAACAAGGCCCCGCGAGCAAGACCCCACGGACAAGGCACCACGGACGAGACACCACGAACAAAACGCCACGAGCAAGACACUACGAGCAAGGGCCCACGAACGAGACCCCAUGAACAAGACCCCACGAAGAAGACACCACGGACAAGACACCGCGGACAGGACACCACGGACAAGACACCGCGAACAAGACACCACGGACAAGACACCGCGAACAAGACACCACGGACAAGACACCGCGAACAAGACACCACGGACAAGACACCGUGAAGGAGACACCACGAACAAGACCCCACGUCGAACAAGUAGCUCGACACCACGAACAAACUAGACACUCACGACCGUUAGCAAGACGCUACGACGAGCAAGGCCUUACGGACAAGACACCACGGACAAGACAGCACGAGCAAGACACCACGGACAAGACACCACAAGCCUCGCACGACGCUGCAGGCUUUUGCCCUCGCGCAGUCAGCGCAGAACCUUGGCACGCGAGAACAGAGAACAGCAGAAAACAACAGAGGACCACGGAAAACAACAGAAAACACGACAAGAAACGACGAGAAGCAACAGAAAACGACAGAAAACAACAGCAAACAACAGAAGACGACAAGAGACAACAGAAAACAGCAACAACAACAGAGAGAGAGACAGGGACCCCCCUGAUCUGGGGAGGGCGGUCCCCGGGCCCGGACUUGCCGGCACUGGCGCGGAGGCAGUCGAGUCCCCUGGAGUCGAACCAGCGGCCAGACCCUCUGGAGCUGAGUGCAAGCACUUGCCCACAACAACAACGAGGAACAACAACAACAACAACAGCGCGCGCCGCUUGGCUUUGGCGCGCAGAACCCCUUGCGAGCGGGUUGCACAAUGAAACAGAGGCCCCAAGAAAAAACCACGACGGGGGUAGAGACGCGCGCGGCGCUGAGCCUUUGCGCGCGGGACCCCUUAUUUUGAACGGGUGGCGCAGACAGUGUGUGGGGUGAAAGCCUGGAACAGCCACGACGGCAGCAGAGGAGCGCGCGCCGCUGAGCUUUGGCACGCGGAACCCCUUGCGAAAGGUGACGCAGUGGAGUGAAAGCCUGAAACAGCCACGACGGCAGCAGAGGAGCGCGCGCUGCUGAAUCCUGGCGCGCGGAGCCGCUUGGCAGCCUGCGAACGGGUAGCGCAGUGGAAUCGAGGCCGUAAAAAGUCGCGACGGGGGUAUAGACGCGCGCGGUGCUAAACCUUGCGCGGAACCCCUUGCGAGCGAGUGGCGCAGUGGAACAGAGGCCCCAAAGAAUCACGACGGGGGUAGAGACGCGCGCGCCGCUGCAGAACCCGGGCACGCGAGGCUCCUCGGCUGCGAGCGGGUAGCGGAGUGGAGUAGAGGCUUGAAACAGUCACGACGGGGGCAGAGAUGCGCGCGCCGCUGUGCAAUGCGUGAAACCCCUCGCGAGCAGGUGGCGCAGUGGAGUAGAGUCGUGAAACAGUCACGACGUGGGUACGUAGAGACGCGCGCGCCGCUGAGCGUUGAGGACUGGCCCCCACUUUCUUCGCGAUGUCUUUCUUUGGGGCUCCGCCCUCUCUGGGCGUUCCCGCGGUCUCUUGCUUUGUUGCUUCGUUCUUUUGUUCGCUAUAAGUCGGGCACAGUGCCACGAACAGAAAAGAGAGAAACGAGGAGAGAACCACAAGGACCCGCGCCAGCUAUGGCGGCCAGCGCGUUGAAAAUGGUGCCCACGACGUUGCGCAUUUUUUAACUGCUAGUCGGCGCUGGCUACCAUCCUGGGAGCUGGGUCGCAUUUCUUUCGCCACAUCUUUGGGGCCCCUUGCUUCCGGCUACCGCGGGGCGGAGGGGAGUGCGCGCCCUUCGGGCGCUCGUUUCACCUCGUGAAACCAUUCAUGCAAACCCACGCCAUUAAAGCAGCUUUUUCCCCUUCUAUCUUCAACGCCUCCCGGGGCACCCCGGCCCGGGGAGUUGUCUUAUAAUUUACAUUUAUGUGCUCUAACAAAAUGCUGCCGCAGACAAGGAGAAGGUGGAUCUCCAGGAGGAUGAGCUUCAAAGCUACCUCGAUCGCGCCAACAGAGAAAUGCAGGAAGGAAAUUACUAUGGAGUUGAACUAGAAAUCUCUGACUUGGAGAAAAAGCUGAGCAACAAACAACAACUUACUGAAGGUCCUGUCGUUGAAUGAAAACCAUCUUCGCUGGAACACGUGUAGUCGUACUUGUGGCGAUGGAACUAAAAGUUGGGCCAUGCCCGUGAUGAAUAGCACCUUUUUUCCGUAAAGUUCUCGCUUUUGUCAAUGUCUCUGUCCAAUACAGAACGCAGGGAGAACAGUCCAUUUGCUGACAACUCAACUCACGUUCCCGGAAGCAUUCGUUGUGCUUGUAGUGGUUUCCUAAGUUAUUAUAAUAUCGUGUAUAGGUAUAGAAAUAGAUAGUUAUCGUUGUGUAAGUCAUGCCUUGUGAAUCUGAAUGCACAGAGUCUGGAUGUAAUGGACCCUCAAGCAUCUCUCUCUCUUCUGUGCGGCCUGUAGUUUGUUCGAUGAAGCUAUGACAGAUAUCGGUCGGUUGUCAGAAGUCUGCAGGUCGUGCACUUUGUAUUAUUGAGUGCGAUGAUUUGCUCCUCCCUAGAGAGUAAGCAUAUAAUGACUCACCGUGGAAAAAGGGCAUGAUCGGUUCAUCCUAUCAAGAUUACUUAGCGUUGCCCCAUCUGUCACUGUCCCCGUUUUCACUUCGGUACGGUGAACAACUGAAUUCAUAAAAGAGAGGGCGAACAACUGAUGGAGCCUUUCGGUGAAAUGCGUGCAGAAUACCUCGAUCCAGCCUUUUUAUGGUCAAUUGUAGUGUGUCCCUGACCCUGAAGAUUGUCAUAACUAGUACCCUGGAAUGAAGCUACAUUCGUUAUUUUUGUGUCCCUGAUGAUGAAGUUUGUUGAUGAAAAAUAUGGCCACACUCAUACUCUGUAUAUAUAAGUACGACUUUUCCCUUUAUGUUUUGCCAAGAACAAGAAGCUAAAGAAACUCUAACUCAAGAUAGAUUCCAUGCUUCUUUCCAAAAAUUGAGGCUCAGAGCUAGAUCCAAGCUGUUGCGCCUUCGCAUGCCGCCUCAUGUACUUCGCCGGGUCGAGUAGCAGUUUCUCGAAGAGGUCAGUGGCCGAUCGAAAGUGCAGCAAGUGCGGAAGAGAGACUUAGUCGUGCGUAUAGAGGCUCCACUACGAUGCGACGGGGAUUAGAAGAUGAAGAGCUGUUGACGUUGAAGCGGUGGAGUAGAAAGAGGUGCUCAUCAUGUUGACGCAGCAUACAUAGGAUGAAGCGUUGUUCUUGUUGUUGACGUGGUGGAAGAUGAAGGAACGUCGGAAAUGACGAAAGGAGCCCUAGAAUCACAAUUAUGAACGAAGAUCGUACCAGAAUAAGGAUCCCUUCGCGGUCUGCCUAAACCUUCGAGUUUUCUGCCUAAAUUAAGAUGAAGGACAUGAAACAUUCUAACUUUUACACGACAAAACUUAAGCAAGUUCCUGCACAGAUUGGAAAGGAUGAUAGGAACCCUAGGAUCACGAUAAGUACGCCGUAAGUCAAAAUCCCAUCUCUCGAAAGGGUUCGGCACAUUCUCCUGGCUGUCGUCCUCCCCAUUGUGAUCCGGGGACACCACACGAAGGUCGAAGUCUUCGAUGCUUGUCAUGCCACGGUAAAUGUAAGACGCAAGUUAUUAUGCUUAGGCUUUACUAGAGAAAAUGAUAUGAACAGGUUAUCAUGAUGACCUUUCUACAACUUCAAGAGUGGUGCUACUGUUAGCGUCUAUUGGUCAGCCCCGAGAAGAUGAACCGAAAACCUCUUCCUCUUUCGUUGCUCCUCAACAGUCGACGUUGACUUCGUUCUCAUAGUUCGUGUCAGAAAGUCGCUCAACAAGGCGAGUGCAUCAUCUGUCACGACCGAGGCAAAGUUGUAAGAGUGUUAGCAUUUUCUUCAAGGAGAGAAGGAUCGCAGAAAGAGGUGAAAGAUCGCAGUCGAGGUAGUGGCGGGUUGAAGAUAAGACGCUAAACCACGUUGUAAGAUGCUCGACCAUGAUGUUUUCACCCCUGUCUCCUUAGGGAAUUCUCAUUUUUUUUCGGACAUGAGAAGAUUGUAUUGAGUAUUCCCCAACACCAACAACUGAAGUCUUCCUGUCCUUACAAGUGAGGGACAGUAAAGAUGCGCGCUUGCCGGCUGCUGCUUUUGUGUUUGCCGGCCUGCGGGGUUUGGGGCUUGUCAGAACCGGAGAAACAGCCCGGUCUCGCUGCGGAGGUGGACACGCCUGGGCGGGAGGAUACCGAAGAGAGCCAAGUCGAUAUCAAUCUAAUGCUUCUUGAUACCCCUACUUUCCUGGCAUCGGAAUCAGUGCCGUAUGAAAAGGAUGAGGCAGAGUCGCAAUUGCCGGGAAGCAAGGUAGUAUUUAGAUUUACAAAAGCAAAUAUUAUUAGGGGACUUCGUGUUGUUGUUCGUGUUCCGAAUUCUUUCUAGCUUGAUACUGAUUUAGAGACAAGCAAAAAAUCUCUCAUUGUUGAUUUCUUGGUUUAUACUAGCUUAUACCGGAUAUUAUUUUUUCAGCUCUUUCUGAUGUUGACACAAUUGAACAAGUUUUAAUACUAUUUACAACAGAAGUAAAGAACGCUGGGUUCUCACAAGAUGCGAAAUAUCUUUUGUUUUUUGUUAGAAAGAUCGUUUCUUGAAUUCUAAGGCUCUCGAGAUUACAACAGAAGUAAAUAGAGCAUCAAGAGGAAGAGAAAAAGAACACCAUGCUUAAUAUUUUUCAUCCCCGCCAACAACUCUUAGGUUCCUGGUGUCAGUGGCCCCUCAACUUUUGUGGAGAGUCCGCUACAUGCAGCUUCCUCAGCGUCCGUGGGCAACGGAGACACGAGACGACCGGAACAAAUGACAUUCCUGUUCCUUGGACCACUAGUAGCGCUAGUGGUCAGCCUCAUAGUAGUGCUGCUGGUCAGUCUCAGCAAAAUGGGAAUUCGCAAGUAGAUGAAAGUACAGCUAGAGCAGCCUCUCCGGCAUACAGUGCAUUGCAGAUGUCGAGGUCCUUGUUUUGCGCUACACAUGGAAACGCCUGUCGUGGCACCGCAGAACUGGGUACAACAGUACCACAUGAGGAAGAGGCGAAGCUAGUUGAUGUGAAGCCAGCACCAGCAGCAGCAAGCGAGUUGCCUGCUUCGCCACCCAAAGCAAAUGCUAGUCCAGAAGCCGAUCCUCCUGUAAUAUGCCAAAAAUCUGAAACGUAUGACGCAUGCCGCGAUUCUGAAGAAGAAGGCCGAGAGGGGGACAGGGACACCACAGCGUGCUGGAGUACUUAUGCCAACCACGGUGGCCUGAUUCGCGAGGAUCGGCCAAAAGACUGCUCCGCGAUCAUUAUGAGACCAGGGCUUUCAUUCACUUUUCGUUUAGUCAUCAUCUUUGCUGAGUAAUUGUUUUUAUAUUGAUUCGCAGAAAAGAACUACUCGGAGUUUGUAAAGUAGAUUGUCGGUCAUCCUUGAUCUGAAUAGAUAACGGCACGAACGUAGAUAGCACGCCGUGGCAGUACGAGGCAAGUGGCAGUACGACUCUAACUUAGAUGACGUGCGCGAGUGUCUGGCUGCGCGGCAGGACCGGUGCACCAAAAGACCACUCCAUCAAAUCGUCCCAGACCGUCACGGAGUGCAUGGCGAUCUCGAGAUUGUCAGAGUCGCAUGCUGUACGCUGACAGAAACAGGACAAAAUAGUAUUUUAUAUUCAGAUCAUUCUGUACGCUGACAGAAACAGGGCAAAAGAGUAUUAAUUUAAAUUCCACCUCUUAGUCUUAUUCUGUUUUCACCUACGACAGUUUACCUUUACUACAGUGCAAGAUGCUUAGCUUUACUACUAGAUAACCUCCUCAUUUUGCGUGAAUGCGCUGUGCGCGAGGACGAUCCGCUAGCAUACUGUACGCACUUUGUCUUAGAUCUUCAGGGGAGCAAAUCGUUUUUAUCCCCAAAGCAUCGUCUUCCUUCUUAAAUCAUCUUUAGUAAUCUUAUCACCAAAUCCAGAAUUCGACGAAGCCAAAAGGGCCCAAGAAGCCUCGACCGAGGCUCUUAAGACUCUCCUUGGAAGGCUGGAAAAGAUGAAACAACUCUCCAAGGAAAAUAUCGAGGCAACAGAAAUGAAGAAACUGAAGUUUGCUUUCAAGGACGAGAAGGCCCAGGCUAAGAUCCAGGAGCUGUUGAAGCCGUUGGAAAAGGCACAGCCUAACCGAAGUGAGAAGCUACUUGAGGAGAUCGAGACUCGACUACAGAGUGCAAUGGCUGAACCGGAGGUGGAGAAUUAUGAACUUCAAUGUGAGUUUUAAGUGCUUCCAUGAAUGGAUUCACACCAUGGGUAGCUAGAGUGACUACAGACUUGCGAGCAUUAUCCAUAGUUCUUUAUUAGCUCGCAACGUUCCCUUAGUUUCAACGCUGAUUCACUGUGCAACAGCCUAGCGAUCUCUUUUCUAUUGUGAUUUUAAGCAGAAAGAAAUGCGAGAGCGCGGUGAUAAAACAUCACUGACUUUCUCUAACUACUGCGCCAGCCGCUCGUGUUGCUCGUUCAGGAGGGGCUUAACGAAUUGCAGUCGCUAAUGCAAAAAGACCAGAAACAACAAGACAAGGCCUUUGACGAUGCUCGAAAGUGGGCUGAGGAGGCGGCUAACAAGUGGAUUGCUGAUGCACAAGGGAGCCUGCAGAAAACUGGGCUUACAGAUUACGGCUCUCAAUAAAACGUUUGAUUUUCAAUCCCAUCCCGUCACGAGUCCAAGUGCUGGCUUCGUUUGCUAAGUACCUAAAAACUGCUUUGCGUUUCAUCCCAUGGGCAUAGACGGAAGAUCUUGUUUUCAGAAGUGAUCUUGUUUUCAGAAGCAGUCUGAGAAUUAAUUACGAGAAAAAAGCAGGAACCAGUCACAGAGGACGUACAACUACAAACUAAGCUCAAGCGUUCCUCUAAGAAAAUGAUAAGCAAAGAGAACAACUUGAGCGGCAUCUCACUCGCGCGCAAGAGGAUUUAAAAACGCGAGAUUACCGCAAUGUUGAAUACGAAAUCGACCUGCUCACGGGGAAACUGCCCGAACCAUCGUCGUAGACGUGGUUCUAGUUUUGAUAGUAGAACUAAGGUUCAAGGAAAGUUGGGCGUGGGUCAUACCCAUGAAUAGCACUUUUUUUCCGUAAAGUGCUUGCCCUCGUCAAUGUCUAUGUUCAAUGCAUUCGCUGAUAAUUUAACAGCUCGAUUUCCCGCAGGCAGUCAUUGUAGUGGUGAUAUGGUGUAUAAUAAGUAGAUAGUUGUCGUUGUGUAAAUCAUGCCUUGCGAAUGUACAGAGUUUAAUAUGCCGACGUUUAUUCUGAAUGUAAAACUAAAAAUGGGUCUUGCGCUCUCUUCUGUGCGGCCUUUAGUUUGAUGAUGUUCGUGUCAGAAGUCUGUAGCUGCACUCUGUUUUAUGGAGUGAGAUGAUUUGUCUCACCCUGGUCCCUGGAGAGUAAGCAUAUAUUAUAAUGACUCACCGUGGAAAAAGGGCAUAAUCGGUUGAUCCCAUCAAGUUUACUUAACGCUGCCCAGUCUGUCUCCGUUUUUUUACUUGCUUAGUCGGUACGGUGAACAACUGAGGUCAUAAGAGAGAGGGCGAACAACUGAUGGAGCCUUUCUGUGAAAUGCGUGCAAAAUACCUCGAAAAUCCAGCCUUUUUAUAGUGCGUCAGUAUUUCUGUCAAUUGUGGUGUGUCCCUCUGUCAAUUGUGGUGUGUCCCUGACCCUGAAGAUUGUCAUAACUAGUACCCUGAAAUGAAAUUUACAUUCGUUAUUUUUGAUUUUGUGUCCCUGAUGAUGUUCAGGUUGAUGAAGAUGGUCAUGCCCCUGUAAGUACUUUCCUCUUUAUUUUUUGUCAAACACAAGUACAAGAAGCAGAGGAAACUCUAACUCAAGAAAGAUUCAGUGCUUCUUUCCAAAAAUUGAGACUCAGAGCUAGAUCCAAGCUGUUGCGCCUUCGCAUGCCGCAUGAUAUUCUCAUGUAUUCCGCCGGGUCGAGUAGCAGUUUCUCGAACAGGUCAGUGGCCGAUCGAAAGUGCAGCAAGUGCGGAAGAGAGACGUAGUGCGUAUACAGGCUCCACCACGAUGCGACAGGGAUUAGAAGAUGAAGAGCUGUUGACGUUGAAGAUGAAGGACAAAGGAAGUAUUUUUAUACAUAGGACACAACAAGUUGCUGCUUCACUACGAUGUUAGUACGGAAGGAUCUUUGUUUUCUAAACUUAAAUGCACAGUGACAUUGGAAAGGA